GGAGCGGUUUAGAGCGGUUUGAGCGAUUGUUGCAAAACGCCAGCAACCGCUACCAACCGCAAAAGCUGCGUUUGCGGGUGGUAGCGGGAAAACCAGUCAUACCCUAAGUCUUCUUUAGAUUAGGCGAUUUUGGGCGAUAGAAGCGAAGCAAAGCAAAGCAGACGGAAGUGAUGUCCGGAGGAAUCGCACGUGGUCGACUCACAGAGGAAAGGAAAGCGUGGCGUAAGAACCAUCCUCAUGCUUUUGUUGCCAAGCCGGAGACUUCAUCAGAUGGAACAAAUAACCUAAUGGUUUGGCAGUGCAUCAUCCCUGGCAAAUCUGGGACUGACUGGGAAGGUGGGUUUUAUCCACUGACACUCAAUUUCUCGGAGGACUAUCCAAGCAAACCUCCAAAGUGCAAGUUCCCUCAAGGCUUCUUUCAUCCUAAUGUCUAUCCUUCUGGAACUGUUUGCCUCUCAAUCCUCAAUGAAGAUUAUGGAUGGAGACCAGCCAUCACUGUGAAGCAAAUCUUGGUUGGUAUUCAAGACUUGCUCGAUGAACCAAACCCAAAUGACCCUGCUCAGACUGAAGGAUACCAGCUCUUUGUCCAGGAUAAGAAUGAAUACAAGAGAAGGGUGAAACAACAGGCGAAACAGUACCCAACAGUACUUUGAUAUCUUGCAAGUCCUCCAAGUCUGGUCUAUCUAAAUUGUUUUCUUCCUCUACUUUGUUAGACAUAUUGAUAAAAACAUGUUACUAUUACAUUUUCAGUAAUACAAUCUACAUUUUCAUGA